AAAAACGCGGGAAAUCGUUGUCACCGACUACAACGUAAACAUCAAUGGCGACGGGCAUAUGACAGUUUAACUGAUAUUCUUCCAACAGCUAUGAAGAUAUAAGACGAAUUUAAUCAAUUCUUUAAGAUGGAUAACAAAAAGAAGCGGAAAGGAAAGGUAGCUCCUACGGGAGAGGAGAACAGCUCAUUUGAACUAGACAUACGAUCUGAUAUUCAGAAUAAUAGUAAACUUAUAAACACAUUAAAGAACAAAGUGAUGGAGACUUCAAACAAGCAAAAUGCUUUGUCUGCCAUUGUUGGUGCCAAAGGCAUGGCCUCGAAAUGGAAGCAUUAUGCAUCUAUGAAGCGGGUCAUUAAGUCCAAAAAUACACAAGAUGACGAGGAGACAUCAGCCAUUAAGGGAAAAGGGAUAGACCAGAUGGAAGAGGUGGACGCUUUUAAACCUUUUGGAAUGAAACAGGACACCAAAAAGAAGCUGCGCUCAGCCAACGAUAAAACACUGAUUGACUAUUUUUAUCAGUUAGGGCAGUCCAGGGACCCUAAUGCCAAAGUGGACCUGGAUUUUGUCGAUUCCUUAAUUAAGAAUGGGGCUAACAUAAACUGCUCAGACAAACAUGGACAAACGUUAAUGCAUGAGGUCUGUCGCACCUGGCAUAUUGAUGUAGCUAAGUUUCUGUUGGAGCUGGGGGCUAACGUGAACCAGGCUGAUAAAUAUGGCCGCACGCCUUUACAUGUUGCUGCAGCUGUAGAUUAUGUUUGGUCUAAUUUCGAAAUGGUAGAAAUACUCAUUAAAAAUGGAGCUGACAGAGAGUCACUUAGUAACGAAAAACAAACACCAGUCCACUAUGCUGCCAAAAAUGAUGCGUGUAGUUCUCUGAAAAUGUUGAUUAAACUGAAGUGCAAAUAUAAUGAUGUCCGAGAUUACAAGGGCAGGACCCCUCUGUUUGUGGCAGCAGAACUGGAUCGGAGUGAGACAGCCAGUCUUCUGUUGGAUUAUAAAGCAGAUGUCAGAAUCACAGACGACAGUGGGAUGAAGCCAUUAAGUUGGAUGAUAACUAAGAUGCCUCCAGUGGCUUUGGAUGCUCUAAAGCAGUUCCACUCCACGGACCGUCCAAACAGAAGACAAUAUUUCUACCUGAAUGACCUCAUCACUGACAGAAGUAAAGAUCCAAAGGCACAAAGUUUAACUCCUCUGCAAUGUGCCACCCACUUUAAGCAAUAUGAUCUUCUCUCACACAGAGUCAUGCUCGCCCUUAUAAACCAAAUGUGGGUCAAGUUUGGAAGGAUUCGGGCAUGGUUUAAUCUACUUCUUAACUUUGCCUACAUCAUGAUAUGGACUGUGUAUGGCCUGUUGAUUGAGUAUGAUGACCGCUACAAGUAUGACCUUCCUGAUCAAUGGUGGAGGAUUGUACUUCUUGUGGCAGCCAUUGGGUUUACAAUCUGGCAGAUCAUAGAGGAAGUGUUGGAAUAUAAACGCUCACUCCAGUUCCAUAAUAAUUGGGUCAACUACAGAAGGAAGCAGAUAGAGGAGGACCUGAAGUACUGCCACCCCCGCUGGACCGAGGAGAGUGAUUACCUGAAGAAAGAACUGGCCAAUCUGGACGAAGCACGACCCAGAUACUGGUCCGACUUCUGGAACAUCUUUGACUGGAUCUGCUAUGUUUUCCUGAUUGCCAGCAUUGCUACGCACAUUGUGGAUAUUUUUGUUCACACCGAUGACUUGGCUCGAUCACACAUCAGAAUCAUGUCUGUCACUAUUAUAUUACUGUGGCUUCGAUUGAUGAAGGUGGCCAGGGCAUUUUCUCUCCUAGGGCCCUUCAUUGUGAUGCUGUCCCAUAUGGUGAAGGAUCUCCUCAGAUUUGCCUUUCUGUAUCUAGAGUUCUACCUGCCAUUUGUGUGUGCAUUCUGGAUGAUCUUCGGAGGCACCAAGAGGGACUAUUACGAUUAUAACAACAUAGUAGAAGUCGAUGGGUACGGAAACUUUGGAGAUGUGUUCUACAGCCUGUUCCGGCUAACUCUAGUGGAUGAAUAUGACUUCCCUAACAUGGAGAAAGUGGACCCUAUAAUGGCUAAGAUCCUGGUGGGCUUCUGGCUGGCUCUGUCUGCGGUUCUCUGUCUGAAUCUCUUCAUUGCUCUGCUGUCUGAUACAUUUCAAAGAGUCUAUGAUAAUGCCCAGGCUAAUGCAGUGAUGCAGAAGGCACUCAUGACCCUCAGCAUUUGGGAAAACAUGUCUCAGUCACGACGCAAUACAUUCUACGAUUACAUGAAAGGUACCUGCAAUCCUUUCAAUGAGUACUAUGACGAUGACAUGACUGAAGAGGGAGAGGAAGACAUGAAGAAGGUCACCAUGCAGAUCAAGGAUGACCUAGAUGACUUAAGAGACGCCUUUGAUUCAAAGUUUGGAAAGCGAAAAGAGGAUGAAGAGGAGGAAGAUCUCAACAACAAAUCCCGUAUGGUGGAUGUGGAGAGAUUUGAGAACGAGAUCGGAAUUCUGCGAGACAGUAUAACAGAGCUGCGAGUUCGACAGGACGAUAUGAUGGAGAAUCUACAGACUAGCGUCAACACCAUUACGGGACUGUUAAAUCAGCUGCUGGGAAACCCACCUGACGCCAGUGAGGUUGAACUUGAAUUAGAAUCUAGACAAAGAUCAGCAAGAGGCCACCCAAAGAAAUCUAAGAAGAAGAAGACUGACAGACAACAAAUCAUUCACGAGGAUGACAGAGCUUUAUUAGAACCACCAACCCCGCCCACGCAAUCUCAGGUGCUACAGACCCCUCCCACUGUUGAUGUUUCCAUGGCUGAUUUCUCUCCUCGGGACUUCACGCAACUGUCCCAACCAUCAUUUAGUCCCAGAAGGCCACAGGAUGGCCACGACCCCUCCACAGAAUGCUGAGUUGUGAUUGGCAUUGUGAAGUAUCUGUGAUAUAUUAUUCUGAAAUGUUGUCAAGAGAGAGUUUUAUUAAUUUCAUUAGGUUUUGUACUUCAGUUCUCUAGCUUUAAAAACCUUGAAAUGAACCAACCACAUGUACAGUGUAUAAACAUUUUUAAAUUAAUUAACUUGUACAAUUUUAUAUUACAUGUAGAUUUUGUUUUAGCUUAAGAACCAAUGGCUUGUCUUGGAAAUCUUAGUUAAGAAGACAAAACAUUAGAUUUACAUGUAGUUAUUUAAGUUCUAUAGGUACAUGUAUAUUAGACAUUGUCCGUCCUUUUAUUUAUUUAUAGUUUUGCCUAAAUAUUCUUUGAUGUUAUUUUUUUUAAUGAAAACAUUAUUGUGUAAAGCUGUAAAACAUUAUAUUUUUACACAUUUAACAUGAAUAACGUCUUCUUUUCUAGGUGCUAUAGAAUUCUAUGCUUUUUGCCAUUCUAAUAUACUCAAAAUCCCUCCAUCUUUAUUGUGUAUUAUACUGUGAUAUUAUAUGUAAGUACAUGUAUCCCUGAAAAUAUAAAUGAGUACCUAUAUGUACAAUAACUGAUUUUUUUCUGUGUGAUGCACAAUCACUAUAUACUGGUAUAUAGAUUUAAUAUUUUGUGCAUGUAAGUACAUGUAUAUUUUAUCAUCUUGAAAAGUCUUCAGAAAUACCUUUUUGGUGCAUUAUAAAAAUUAUGUUGAGGACAUUUUACAUAUAUUUUUCUUUGAACAAGGCACUGGAAAUUAGUACAAUGA